UCUCAAAAAGUCUUGGAUGGAUCGAUACAGUUAGACUAAUAAUAAUAUAAUAAUAAGAAAGUAAAAGUCGAAAAUGAAGAAGAAGAUGGUUGACACGAAUAGAUCAAGUUGAGGGGCUGGUUUCUUCCACUGAAUUCAAACUCUGCUUUCUUUUUACAAGAGCAGGCAACUUAGUUGGUGAGGUCAACUGAUGGCCGAUGAUACCACCGCGCUAAGUUACUGGCUCAACUGGAGGUUCUUCCUCUGUGCAUUAUGGAUCUUCUGUACUAUGAUAGCAGCAGUGAUCAUAAUAAUCAAAUAUGAAAAAUUGUUCAACAAGAAGACAAGUAACAAAAAAGAUGAUGAACAUGAUGUGGAACCUAUUGGGAUUUUGUAUGAGGAUGAAACUUGGAGGACCUCUUUGAAAGCACUGCAUCCUGCCUGGCUGCUUGUUUUCAGAUUGUUUGCAUUCGGUGUGAUGUUGGCAUUGCUUAUUGCUAAUCUUAUUAUUGAUGGAGGUGACAUCUUUUACUUUUACACCCAGUGGACAUUCACUUUGGUCACUUUCUAUUUUGCGCUUGCUUCUUUAUUUUCAAUUUUUGGGUGUUACAAAUAUUGGAAUGAAGUUGGUGAUCAUACUGUCAAUAGUGCUACUUUAGACCCAGAACGAGGCACUUACAUGGCUCCCUCAGAAGCAGAGGGGUUGAGCUCCCACAGCAUGCCCAUUAUCCCAAACAAUCACAGAGAAACUCAUGCUAGAAAAACUGCUGCUAUAUGGGGCUAUUUCUUUCAAAUAGUCUUCCAGAUAUGCGCAGGAGCUGUUGGACUCACUGAUAGUGUGUUUUGGUUCAUAAUUUAUCCAUUUCUUACUCCUGCAGAGUACAAUUUAAGCUUUUUGGAUGUUAGCAUGCAUUCUGUCAAUGCUAUUCUUCUCCUUGGCGAUUUGUUUCUGAAUCGCAUGUGGUUCCCUUUUUUUCGUUUGGCUUAUUUUGGUCUGUGGACAUGUGUAUUUGUCAUUUUCCAGUGGAUUGUGCACGCAUGUGUAUCAAUGUGGUGGCCUUAUCCUUUCCUGGAUCUAUCAUCUCCAUAUGCUCCUAUUUGGUAUUUAGGAGUGGGAUUGAUUCAUCUCCCUGCCUUUGGAAUCUUUGCACUCAUUGUUAGGGGAAAGCAACUUAUGUUGUCAAGAUAUUCUGAGACACAUGGAGCAUGAUGCCAUGAUGUAGCAGGAACUCAACCAUUUUUUACUGAUAAAAUAGAAGAAUUUUAAACAAUCCUAUAGGUUAGAUUAUGUUAUGUUGAAUAUGCAUUAUGAUUUUUGGUAAUGUUUUUGUUAAUGACUUGUACAUGAUUCAAUGAUGUCUUUAAUGUGA